AUGACUAAGGGAGGUUUCUCUUGCCAAUCUACUCGCGCUCGCCGAAGCAAAGACUGCAUGCGACACUACUACGAUUUUACUUCGAGACUAUUCAACGAUGGACGGUAAAUUAUAAAUAUAGAUCAGAUCAAUUCACUCGAAUUUCCUGUUUCACUGUUUCCUAUCAGCUAUUGUAUCUAUUUAAAAUUUUCCGUUCGACAUCAAAAGUGCUCUUGUAUUUUCCCAGGGCUGACGAUUAUCUCAACGAACUGUUCUUGAACGCAGCCAAGGUAAGUUUCUACGGCGUCCGUUCUGAUUGCUGUAUACGCUAUUUUUCUCUCUCGAUCAGCUGUUUACAUUUGCUUCGAGAUGCUAACGACCUUCUCACCUUGCAGAAUGGUGACAUCGAGAGGGUACAGAACUUUCUCGCUCGCACAUCGAGAAAUUCGGUAAGCAUGGCAAUUAAAUCAACACAAAAGAAAUAAAGCUUCUCUUUUUGUGGCAACCCCUUACUCAUAUUUACUUAAAUCCAAACACCUUCCGCCUUCUUAAGAAUAUGUUCUGACUCUCCCUAUCAUCGAUAAUGCUAUGGUAGAACCUGGCUUGAGGGAAGUAAGUUAAUAUUUCGAACUUCUUGUGACCUCGAGCACAAAGCCAUUUCAUCACUUUUUAAAUGUACACUUAUUUCCAUUCAUUUACAUUUACAUUUACACCAACUGUCUACAAAUUGGAAUGUUUGUAUUUUGAUCAGCUUUCCGUUUCUUUUGGCAGCUAGUAGCAUGAUUCUGCUAUGAAAUAAACAACACAACCUCCGCUCCUUAAUUUAAUUUUCUGUCCUUUUCUAGUCAGUGAACGUUGAUGUAAAAGAUAGAGAAGAAGGUUUCACCGCUAUUAUGCUUGCAGCCAUGAACGCACACGAAAAGGUAAUGAUGUAAGAUCAAUCAGGGCCGAUAUACAAUGGCGUCAAACAGCAUCAUUUAGGAAUUUUGUACUGAUAUUGUUUUGAACCCUUGAGGAUAAAGAAGAUAAAACUUAAUUGCUCUAGUUUCCAGAGUAAGGCAAAUGCAUGUACAUGCAGCAGACUUUUUGUAAAGCUCUUAAGGUGCACCUUGGAAUCAUAGCUCGGAAGCUGUAGAACUAGAAAGUGAAACCAUGUAAUUUGAAUUCCAGACUCUUGUUGUUUCACAACGAUACACUAGGAUAACAGGAGAGACUUAUUUACUACUAUUUGAUCUAAAUACUUUUCAGCAAAGUUGUUGAAGUCAACUUGUUGAAGCCAGUGCUUUUUUAAGGCUGUAAUGGCAUCAGUCACAGGGGCAGAUUUUGUCUCUACUUUAAAGAGGACAAAGAGGGAUGAAUUAUUAGAGGGGUUCAAAAGGGUUGGAUAUGAACUGUUUGUUGAAAGGAGGCUAUUGUAAGGAGAGAGUUUCCGGUAACAAACAGGUAUUUUUCUGCUUCAGGUGGUGUCGCUGUUGUUAAACUAUGGAGCAGACAUCACUUUACAUAACAAGAAAGGGGAGACAGUGCUUGAUGUUGCAACUGAUUCUAUGAGACCACUCCUGCUGGGUAUGUUGGCUGUGUUUUUAAAUAAUUUUCUGGUCCAAACUUGAUGUGGUUUUUCCUAACGUGAUAUUUUGUCUCACCUCUUAGGUUCUGUGGCAAGGCAAGGUAUGUUGACAAUUAAUUUUAACAUUUACACUGUAAAGAUUAUACACAUUGAUAUUUUGUUACAAAUGAAAACUGAUGCUAGUUUAAAGCAUUUGUAGAUACAUUUAUUAAAAGCAUAUAUCUUUCUUGUACCCAGGAUAUUCCUCUCGCCAUUUACUACAAGCAGCUUGGCAAGGAAAUUUUCAACUUGUCAAGAAAUUGCUGGUAAGUGUGGGAGCCUUUUGCAAAAUGUAAUCUACACUUAGCUAAGCUGCAACAAAAGAUGUUUCACUUGGUUCGGUGACAUAGUACUUUAGUACUUCAAAGUAUUAUAGUUGAAAGUUUUUGGAUUUGGUUUUAUAUCAUAAACUUGCUUACAUCCUAGAUAAUCAUAAUAGAGCUCACAAUCAUGAAGUCUUUUUUCAUCUUGUUUAUUUAAUAAUGAUCUCUGUUGUAGUCAUCUAAGGCUGAGCUGGAUGUAAACUGCAAGAAUGCUGAUGGAUUGACACCUCUUUUGCUUGUCACUAGAGAUAUAAAUCUCUUUGAAAAAAGUAAGGUAAUUUAUUGCAAUAACUGGUUUGUCAAAACCUUGUAGAGUCAAAUCCUUCUGGUAAGGGUAAUCCCUAGAGGGUGGUUUCUGGUAUUGGUGGCUGAAAUUGCAACAAACUUAGUGAAGGUGACUCUAAUAGUGACUUCCACCUGAGGUUGUGGAAAUUUUUGUCACCCCUACCCACUAAAGUCCUUGGGUCACUGCUCUCACCAUAAAGAUCAGUUAACACAAUCACCUAACUUUUACAGUAGAUGUUCAAUAAGCUAAUGACAAGUUUUGUAGAGCACAAAGACUAUUUGGAGUUUUUUACACCCAUUUUGAAAUCACUGGUGGUCCCUAUAAUCUGAUUGGCCCUAAUCGGUGCAAUUUAUUCACUAAUUGCACUAUUUUUUGCUUUAAAUUGCAUCUUUUUCCCAGCCAAUGAGCAGACCACACUAAAAACAUAACAUCCAAUCAGAUUUCAAGGCUUGUUUAAAGUAACCUGAAUCAAAUUGCAGGAAAUGAAAGACAAAGAGUAUCAUAUGACAAAUUUUGCAACUUUUGUUUCCAAACCUCUUUUUUCAAUGGAUGAAUUUAAUCUCAAACCAGCUCAGUGCUGCAUUAAUAAAAUAUUUGAACUGAACAAGUCCAGUAUUUGGGCAAUUUCAAAAUGGAUGUAAUAAAGUGGUAGUUGAGCCUUGUGUCGUGCAAUUUUGGUCUGAAAUCAUACUUGUGAUUUCAAGUCGAACUUGUGUUGCGCACUUUGAUUUCGAAUUCACAUGUAUGAUUUUAGCCCAAAUUGCACUCCACUCAGUUCAUUACCAUUAUAAAGCAGCCUAAUAGCGAAUGAAUGAGAGAGUUUUCCUUUCUGUGAUAAAAAAUUUGCAUCUUAUAGUUCUUGGUACCUGGAUUCAGUCAUGCAGUUUUUAAUACCUAAACAUCAUCCUCUUAAACUGAUAAAUCUCCUUUAAUCCUUUAGUUGAAAAGGCUGUUAUGGAGAAUUCCUAUCACCCAGUUGAAGUCGUCAGGGAACUGAUAGCCCACAAUGCGUAAGUCACAGUAACCAUUAUUUUUUACCGUGAAACUGAGAAAACUGUGCUUGUCAGUAUAUUACAACAGAAGCCAAUUUUAUGGUGUGGGAAACAAAACCAAAAGAUUUUGAUGUUUAAAUGUGUAUCUUGAAGUCUAUUAUGAUUGGCCAGUACAUAACUGACCCACGUACAGAAUCAAAUUAAAAGUGUUCACAGUUUUCUGAGCUUGAUAUAGUAAGUGUUGUACAUUUAUAACCCAAGAGUCCCAUAAAUCAUGAGUAUUGCUUAAAUUGCUAAGAUCUGUACAAAACCUGAAGUUGGUACUCUGUUAUGUUGAAUUGUUUCAAGUUGAUUUUUUGAGAAAAAAAAAAUCCCAUACUCAGUACUUUCUCAGAAAUGUUACCUACAUGUUACCAACAUGUUGGUUACAUUAAAUUUUGUAGAUCUACCAAGUACAAAUUGGAUUGCACAGUAGACAUGUGCUCACUUAAUGUAUAAUGUAAACUUAUAGAGAUUGUGGAGCCAGAGAUAGUGAAGGUAAAAGACCUCUUCAUUUUGCUGCCCACGGAAAAGGAAGCCAUGCUCAGGGUGUCAUUAAUGUCCUGAUACAGGAGGGAGCCAGUGAGAUUGGUGAGUUAUCAAAAUGUUUUACUCAGAAUAGAACACCAUUGGCUUGGAAAUACAGAAUAUAUGAAGAAACUUAUUUUUUCUUUUAAAUUGAAAUCCAGAAUUCAGUUUACCAGUCUGUCGCCAUGAGUAAGGGUCAAUGCUUGAAACGUCAGCUCUUUGGGUUGGCCAGUUUUCAUUAUCAAUGCAGCUGAUGAAACCAAAUUUUCUUGUUAUACCAAACCCCCCCCCACCACACAGACGUAAGACCACAGUUUGUUUAGAAACUUACCCCCUUGAUUCAUUAUGUCUGUUUGCCUGUUUGCCUCCCAACUAAAAGAAACAAAAUACCAUUUUUUAAUUAUUUUCUUGAUCCUGCCUCCUACAGACGUACCAGAUAGAUUCAGCUACUCACCCCUACACUGGGCAACAAGAGUGGACAAUCAGCCCAUUUUGCUGGCCCUGAUUGAAGGAGGUGCCAAUGUCAAUGCCAAGGGACAUGUUGGAAAGACUCCUCUUCACAUAGCUGUAAGAAUAAAACAAUUAGUUUUUGACUACUUUUUGCUUUAGAGACAUCUGGAGGAACUCCAACUUGUGAUCAAUAAAAUUGUAUUGGUACUGUACAUGCACUUAAGUUUUGAAUUUAGUCCUUUGGCAUGGGGGACUAUUGCAAAAUAGGCAGUUGUGACCAUAGAAGGGAUUAAAUAAGAAUCUUAAGCAAACUGUGAGCUGUCAGUGAGCAUAGGAGGCCCUAUAAAUAGAUCUGAUGUAGAUCUCUGUUAAUCACAGGGGGAAAUAAUUUUUGCCUCCUAUUAUUGGUGCUAUUUUUUUAGUUUUAUUAUUCUUUGAAUAAAACAGGCUUCACAUGGAUUUGAGCAAGUCUCUGAUACCCUUCUAUAUCAUGGAGCUGAUGUUACCAUCACAGAUGAUAAUGGUUAGUGUAACAUGAUGAUCAAUUUGAAGUUUACUAGCACUGACUUAAACCACGAUAACCGAAGUGUUUCAUGGCAUUUAAGGCAGGGCAGGCUUUCCAACUUGUUGUCUGACUUGACUUUCACCUUUAUCUGUACCUGAAGUCUUGAUUUGUUUUUUCUCUUGUAGGACUUUCUCCUGUUGAUGUAGCCAAAGGCGAAAGAGUGAAACAGGCUCUAAAAGGUAACUUCAAUUUAUAAAUUUAACUGAGAAGGAUUGCCAUUAAAAUGUGUUUUCUUAACAACGUUCACUCAAUUAUUUUAUUAAUUGCCUCCUUUUUCUUACAGAGGCGUGGGCAGGGCAAACCCAUGGAAAUAAAAACCACUUGCAGCGGAUCUAUUCAGGUAAGUAGGAUGGCAUGUGUGUUUUCAUGAAAAAAAAAAUUAAUUCAAUCAUGAAAAACUGUAGCAUGAUUAUUACUGUGUAGUCUGGUGAUUCCCUAUCAAUAACUGAAAGGUUAACGGUUUGCCUCCCUUACUUUCAGAUUGUUAUCAUUGUUUUAGAUGCUUGGUCCAAUAUACGUAUAUUUCUGUAAUUUCCUCAUUGUGUUUACAUUUUCAUUGGAAUCUUUUUUUAUGAUACCAUUUAGCUCCGGCCCCACCUAAGAAUGAACAAGAGUCAGCUCCAACCAAACUUGACACCACUGGACAGAAGAAAAGCAAUCUUUUAAGUGCUGUAAGUUUUCCGAUGCAACCCAACAAACAUGCCUCUGGGUGAAAAGUUAUUAGAUAUGAAUACUUUUUCUGUCAAAGUACAUGAACAACGACAUAAAUAGUGAAAUAUCGUUAUAAUCACUAUAAUUGGUUCAAAACUGCUCAUGUUUGAUUUUAUACGCUGUUUUUGUAUCUACCAUUUUGUAGGAUUUAAUUUCUCGAGUCAACACUGCGCCUUCACAAGGAAAAGAGCGUAAGUUGAAGGAAAAGGUUUCUGCAGUCAUAUAGUUUAGAUAUGCACCACCCAUCCCUUGAAAAAACGCACGGAUUAAAGAGCAUUUUUAGUUGUACGCAGGACUUACAUGGGCCACAAGUACAGUUUCUAGUGUUACAUCGAAUAGUUUUUUGUUUUUACUUCACUUACCAACUACAUCUUUUGUAUUGGCAAAAUUUGCAGUUUUAUCGGCAACUAGGCAAAUUGUGCAGGUCACAUAUAUUUCUGAGUUAACAACGUAAACGUAACGAUUGUUGCUUUGCGUUGGUGUUUUACCAUUUGUUAUUGUAUCUGUUUACAAGGCUCGUUCUCUCUUUCCCCCCAGGAAAACUGAGGAAAAGGUCACAGGGUUCCUCAGAGGAGAUUUCUAUACCUGAAGAAAGGUAUAAUGAUUAUAAACAGGCUUUUUAUAGUUGUUCCUUGUCUUUCAAGCAGUUGUGUUACAUCCAGUGAUCCUGCGUUCUCUUGGUCUCUUGGCAGCCUUAUAGCCAGUAGAUCAGUAUACAAGUGUAUUCAGUUGUUCAUAAUUUGUUGUACUAUUUACUUACGUCCAUAUCGUUCUUUUUGUAUGUUUUAUGUGUAGAACAAGCCAUCCCGUAUCAAGAAAAGCGUCUGACCUGCGCAUGCCUAAAAUUCCGUCGGCUCUAAAACCCGAGUUAUCCCCUAGUUCCAGGGCCAGCUCCGGGUUGAUUGGUAGAGGGAAGCUUGGUAAACAAGAGUUUACAGGUUUGUGAAUUGUUUGAUGCGCUUUAUCUACUGUUCUUGCAACAAUGUAUCAAAAUUAUGGGAAUAAGUAACGUGUUAAGUACUUCUUGAAGUUUAAGGGUUAUGAAAGACUUCAGAGCGCAUGUCUAAUUUAAAUCAUAAAGCAAAGUAUCACUUAUAGGAAAAAGGAAGUCAAUUAAGAAUUCAUGUAAUUGGAAAAUAAAAAAACCUCCUGGAACGCGGGAAAACGUGAAUGACUAAGUCACGAUUGGUUUCAGUUUUCAUCUGACUGAAUGAGAGGUGGCGCAAAUUCUCUGGAACAAUCAUAGCACUAAGUUUAGGAAACCUAUGGCGAUCCCGGAUUACUUCGACUCCCAAAUGAAAACUUUUCAAGGGAGUACACGGAUAAAGUUUUGUUUUUAAAUUAAAAGGGCAAUCUUCUACGUAGUGAUUGUCCAAAGUAAUCCGGGAUUGCCUUGGUUUUUCUUUGAUUCGCUCUGUGAUUGGUCCAGAAAUUCUUAACCAACCAGAUGCAAAGCAAAACAAUCACGACUCGAAAGCCCACGUUUUCCCGCGCUUUUGAGCAGUUUUCUUGUUUUCCCGCGCUUUGAGCAGUUUUCUUGUUUUCCCGCGCUUUGAGCAGUUUGCUUGCUAUGCUUUGAAUUCUGAUUGGCUUUUUCGGGCAUUUUCCUUUUCUCUGAUUGGCCGUUUUGAUUACGUGGUUCUGGUUUUGCGACACUCAAUCGAAAAGCGCACUAUCUGUCGGUAUGAUUCCGUGACGUAUUUAUUUUGAUUUAGGUCCAGGAUUAAAAGACGAACGAUCUUCAGAAGCACUGCGGCCAGUCGUAUCAGUUCUCAACAUUGAACUUAGAAAUGUCAGGUAAAGUAAUGAAAUCAAACCUUUAAUUGUUUUUUUUUUCAGUGUUGUUUUUGUUUGCUUGUCUACAGAUACUGAAGCGGUGCAAAGGACGAGUGCUGAUCGAAGAUGAAGAAAAUUCAGGCCAAAAUUUUGAAGCUACUGAAUUGCGUGGUUUACUGCUCAACACUUUAUAAACGGAGAAAAUGAAAAGCUCUAAGCAUGAACUAAUCCUUACAAACUGAAAGCUGUGAUUUUUGGGAAAAAAUUUUAUGUUAUUUUGAAAGUUUGAUUUUCGUUCGUCUCCACAGAAACUUGCGUAAUGCAAAACCAGUGAUACGUAAGAGAAAGACAUCACUUCAGUCACCAGUUCCUCCCAGCUAUCGCUUACAUCAUCGACUGUCGAGCCCAGUCCUCUCAUAUCAACGAAAGUUAUCACCGCCUGGAACGCCAGGCAAUGAAGCGCGUCUUCGAUCGUCUUCUGAAAGCCAGGUGCCAAGUUCUAGAUUGGCGCUGCCCUCACGAGUGCCUCCACUUGGAGGGAAAAGAGCCCUGACACCAGAACUUCGAUCCAUUACGACGCCAGAAAUGGUCAUAGAGAACAUGACUUUAACACCGGAGGUCAUCGAUCUGGGUGAGUCUCUUCAUAAGUGCUUUUUACGGAGAGCAAAUUAUUUUAUUUUUCCUGUUUCAGUAAUGCUUAUUCUUUGCUGACUAUGAGAAAGCUCACGAGGUUUAGAGUUUUAAGUUAGAUGAGAGACCUGCUUGACCAACUCCAAGGUUUUAAAAAAUUUAACGUGAAUUUGCCACAAUAAGUAAUCAAGACAACAGAGUAACGGAGUACUCCUAUGAACGGAUUUCAAGUAACGUUCCCGGCAAUACUUCUCCUGAUUCAUCGUUACUAGAUUGGGUGUUAUUUUGAAAUUAGCCUGAAUUAGUUAUUUUUUAUUGCUAUUAUUUUUUCUUUUUCAGAUCUGCUCACAAAACAAGGCCUAAACAAUGACAAAGCUUCAUCAUUAUUUUUUUCCGGGGUGAGAGAAGUCACACCACCUCCUCCGUCCCCGCGUAAUGUGUCAUGCAAUAGUCAAGAGGACGUUGAACUGGAAUCCGACACAACGAAAAAAGAUAACGAAUCAGUUAUGACACGAACGUUUGAAUCAGAUUCACGCCCCACGUUUUGGAUUCCCGUGGAUAGUAGUAGCGCGGAAAAGAAUGGACCAACCAGUACUCCAACAGUUGGAGAAUCGUCAUCAAAUGGGACAAAAUUUUACAUCGAUCUUACUAACUUAGAAGCUUUAGCCACAGGCCAGUGCUCACUAUGUGGAGGUUCUGUUCCCGAAACAACCAAAUCAAAAAGAGGGUCUGUCUCAUCUAACGCUGACAAAGAAAUUUGUGAAUCAUGCCAACCACGCCGCCGUUCAAGUGAAGAUGUUUUUGGAUCCCAUUUACCGACAAAAGAAAAGCGUCUGCUUUGAAAAAUUUGAGUGGAAUGGAAAAUGGACUUCGAGGUGAUGCCUCGAUAACGAAUGGGAGGAAAAAUUCUAAAGAUAGGAUCGCCGAGCGAAGCAAUGGAGAACCUCGUCCUCAGAGCGAACAAUCUGAUGUGAGUUCUUCUGUUAUGGAGGGCGGUGAUAGCAAAGCUCUUGUUCUAAGCAAAUCUGUCCUUCCUUCUUCCUCGGACAUGACAGGUUAUGAUGUCUCUUGUGUUUGUGACAAUAACACUGGCUUGUGCUCGUGUACAAUUGUAAAGAAAGACGUGUCUUCUCUUUCAACUGAUAAUACUUUGAAUGAAGCAAGUGGUGGUACCGGCGUCGUUAAGACAGUAGGCGAGACAAGUUCUUUGGUAGAAUCUACCCUAGUUUCUCGGCCAGCGAAUGAGUACGCCUCUUCUCCACAUGCAUCUUCCUAUUCCAAAAGUCAAUCAUCAGCAAGAAACGGAACUGACAUUGUUCUUAAAUCGUUUUCCGAAAAUGAUGUUUCUAAUCACUUGCCUGUGGAAGGCACAGUUAAACCAACACUGAAAAAUAUCGAAGAAAACGAAAAGCACCUGGUCGAAGCUCAUCAAAACGUGCCAGGUCAAGCCACAAAACAGCCGUUUGUGCGAGAGACCAACCCAGACAACGAUCGCGAUGGUACAAUUUCCAAGGCACUUGUAGAACCUAGUCCGCCGAAACAUGCAUGGGCAACACCCAGAGUCGAAGAACCUGGUUCGAGUGGUGUUAAAAUCACAAACCCUUUCCCGUCACCUGUGCCACCCGUGGACAAAUCCGCUGUACAUCCCCCGAUUGGCCCCGUUGACGACAACAGGAUGGGGAAUAAAAAACACACAUUGGGUAAAAAAGGAAAGAAAUGUGGAGGAAAAACAGGGACUACUUGCAAAACUAAGCCAAGGACGAAGAGCAAAGUACCCGAACAAAACAUUAAAGGCGGUAAAAAGAAAGGAAAGGCCAAAAAGAAAAGUGACAUUAAAAUGGUCACAGUGCAGCAAAGGGACGCCCAGGAGGAACUCGGACUAAGGACGAUAUCCCAGGGAGGCUUGGACGUAGCCGAGGAAUCCAUGGACUAUCUUUCCACCUUCCGCCCUUUCAGCAUGUUUAAAGGAAAACAUCCAAUUCUUAGCCCAAUACCAGAGUCGCCUCGAAGUACACAGGGUACUCCUCAGAACACAGAGGGUACCGCACAAGCCGUUGCCUCUCAGCAAGAAAGCGAAAAGGGCCCUGAUGUGGCGGUUAUAGGAGCUGGGAAGGAUUCUGCGGGAAUGGUGGAAGAAGGUGGAUUCGAUGUUGUGGACGGUGGAAUGUUUAGUAGUUUGAUUGGGAUGUGUGUCCCUCGGCUUAGAUUUGGGAAAUCCGACGUGGUUUCUGAUUCGGGAUCCGAUGCAGAGAGUACUGAAGCUCUUGUUACACAACCUCGAGGUGGCAGGGUUACGAAGCAGCUACAUGAUUUUGCGGAAGAAGGUAUUGCAAGAGAUACAGAGAGUGUUGUGGGUGUGAAAGGAGUUGGUGCGAAACAUCAGGUUGUGCAAGAUGAAGCUGACGACGCUAUGGAGGCCAUUGUUAAACGCGAGCUUAGUUUGGAAGAGCAAAGAGAAAGUGGUAGGACAGACUCAGUGGAUCAGACUUCUGUUUCGCACAAUCAAACUACUAAGAACUUCUCGCCAGAUGAGACGUUUCGUGCAGCGUCUAAUUUAUCACAAAUCAGUACCGGGGAAGAAUCACUUUUGAGUUACCGGUAUUCCAGAGACUUCCCUUCUAAGAUAUUAGGCGAGUCAGAUUUACCGAGUGAAGAGCGGACAUCUUCGGAAGCGAGUUCAUUCUCCGAGCAGUACUCGGAUACGGACUCGUCGUACAACAGCUUGGGAUCGGCCUCACCUCGGCCUCUUUCUCCGGCCUCUUCGCUGAACAGUAGCGAUACAUACUUCUCUUCGCCACGUGACUCUUCGUGUCCCGAAACACCGACUCCGGAACGAGAAAUGCGCUCGGAAAAUUCGGUAGAAAUUGAUUACUACGAACAAGUGGCGAGAGAGAAGUCAUCCAUCAGCAGUAGUAGUAGCAGUAGUUCUACAAUUCGCACUCGGUCUAACAUCUCGCUUGGAAGUUUGGGUAAUAUUUCCCAGGGCUCCAUGGGAAGUUUCGCUCCUUCAAUCGCUGAAAACGUGGUGCGAAGUCGACUCAGUGCGUCGUCUCGUAGCCAGUCCUCCACAAGCUGUGAAGAGGAGAUAGUUUGGAAGAAGGGCAACAUACUUGGAAAAGGCGCGUUUGGAACGGUAAGUUACUGAUACUAGGCUUUACGGAGUAAAAACCAUUGUUCACGUUUCUGGUGUAGCUAUUGGAAUUCAUCUAUGUAUAAUAAAGGUAAUUAACGUAGUUGCUCAACCCUCGUAAUUCAAACGGUAAGUUACUGACACUGAGCGUCAUGGAUUACAAACCAUCGAUGAAAACCCGUUGGCAAAAUCCAGAACUAUGAUUAUAUUGUUCAUAUGUAAAUAAAGUUGUAGGAUCUUUUCUUAGCGUAUUUCAGACAAUCUGCAUAAGCGCGGCACUUGCGCUAAUUGUCGUCAUCUUUUGUCAAAAACUUAAGUCUCGUCGUUCUUGUUAUCAGUAUGUGAUUGAAAGUGUACUUGUGGUUUAGCUCCGGAUUACGUAUUGAGUGAAUUAAAGUAUACUUCUGAAGUGCAAAAUCAAGUAAAUAGAGUAAGGAAGGAACCAUCCCAUAUUGACUUGGUGUAUUAUAUCAUUUGCUUCAUUAAACAUUUAAAUUAUCAAAUAGAAGCAGUUAAAACGUCCAUACUCAUCAUGGUUAAGAUCAAGGUAUCUGGUAUCAUUAUUUCUUCAAAGCAUUUGUAAAUUGUUUAGCACUAAUGUUUUACCCUCUCAUUUUUUGUGGUGUCUGUGUGCAGGUUUGGUGCGGACUCACCAACACAGGAGAAAUGAUCGCUGUCAAACAAGUGGAGCUCAACCACAGCAAUUUUGACGAGGCUGAAGGGGUACGUUGACUUUCUGCAAAUUUUUCGGCCGAGUAAUUUAAACUUUAACACUAAUACAAAUUCCAAAUUAAUUACAUUGAACAAGUCAAUUCAAUCAAUUUGAGGUCAGCUCAAAACAGAAUACAAGAUUCCUUAAAAUAAGCAGCCUUGAUUAUUUACUUAGUUAAAAAAUUAGUGUUAAAAAUACUCUAACCUCAUUAUAGAAAUAAGAUAAUGACAAUAAAAGAUAGGCACUGAACUUAUCAUAAACAUAGUGAAACAAUGUCUUGCAAUAAAAAAAUUGGCACUGAACUUAUUAUAAAAUUAUUAUACAAUUUCUUGCGAAAGACUGGUAAGGUGUUAGAUUCUUUAAUGCUGAGAGGUAAUUCGUUUCAUGCGCGACAAACCCGAGUAUUGCAGCAACGGGCUUUUUUCUCCUUUCUACCACCGAGGAAGGAUCGAUUUUAAUUGAUUCACAAAAGCAAAAGCAAAUCGUAAAUUUUAUUACACAAAGCUAAGAAUAGCAUAUAGGGGUAAGGUUCUAAAGAAAUUGUGGUGCUGCGUCGGUGGGGGUUUUACGAGAUAAUUUGGUUCAAUCGACCGAAUUAAUAACAUAAUUGACCACCGCAAAGAGUUUCGAAAGCCAAAAACUCGGAACUAAAAGUUUAAAAGCUAGAAACUCUUUACGGUAGCCAAGUAUCAACUCAGUUGAUAAAAUUAAAUUAUCUAAGAAUGGUAUGGUGGGUCGAAAUUCCAAUGUCCCGUUUUUAAGUCUAAUUAGGGUAGGCAAAUCACUGACCCUUAAACUUCCAAAUUCUCUUUAUGGUACCCUCUCUAACUGCCAUUAUAUUUCCUUCGUUAGUUUAUUUAGAAAUUCUUUCAAUAUUCAGCGUCUUGCAUCUUUUAUUUUCAUGUUAGCAAUACGAGAAACUCCAAGAAGAAGUGUCAUUGUUGAAAUCGUUACAACACGAAAACAUCGUCAAGUGAGUACUGAUCAAUUUUUAUUUAUUUAUUUUUUUUUUUUUGGUAUUAGGAGGGACUAGUUGCUUGCUUGAACAGUCUGACGUUUUUUCUUGUGCCAAUUAAUUUUCUGACCAUCAUUCUCAGGUUCAUUGGAACAUGUUUAGAUGGGGGUGUAGUAAAUAUCUUCAUGGAGUUCGUCCCAGGAGGGUCCAUUGCCUCCAUACUUGCACGGUAAGGUUCCCAAUUUUUACUUAAACUGACAUAGUAACUCUUCGAUCUUAUGGUUCCUGUGCUUAACAUCCAAACUUCUAAGUUUUAUGACCUCAAAGUUGUGGAAGAUGUCUCCAUCAUUUGAAAACACUAAGUCUUUUAUAGAUUGUGGUGUCCAUGAAAAUGGUAUUGAAGAAGAAGAUUCCCAAUUGCUUCACAGCAUGUUUUGAUCGUUUCUUGAGACACAUAAGUUUUCCAUCGUGAUAGUACAGCCCCUUUAAACAAUAACACCUUUCAUUAUCAGUAAAUUGCAGUCCGCGAAUCAAGAUUAAUCUCACCAGAAGUUGUAAACAGAUACUGUAAACAUCUGUUUACGCGGUUCUGAUUACUAGGGGUUAUUUUAUCAUCCCAUAUCGGCCAAAUUCGAAAGGUUGCUCAUUACUCAGUCUGUCCCAUUUGGAGUUUAACAGUCAACUGUUGGCGUGCAAUUUACCCGAUCUGUGGAAAGCGGACAUCAUUUAAUGACUGGACACUAGCGAGUCUUCCACUAGUUUAUAAAAUAAUAACUCUGUUAUCUGUUUCUUUUUCAGAUUUGGUUGCCUUGACGAGCCCGUGUUUAGUCGUUACACGAAGCAGCUGCUGUCGGGCGUGUCUUAUCUCCAUAGAAACAACGUCAUUCAUAGGUAUUUGAGUCAAUCCCGUCUUCCACCAAGUCUAAUAUCAGUUUGUCGUCAUUAACGGUUAUUUUUUUCUUUCUUGGGUGUUCAUGUAUUUAAUGUUACUUUAUCCUUUUUGCUACUCAGAGAUAUCAAGGGUGGUAAUAUUCUUAUUAUGCCAAGCGGCGUCCUUAAGUUGAUCGACUUUGGUUGUGCUAAACGUCUUUACAUGGUAAGGUUUGCUGCUUGCUUUAGAGUAGGGUGUGGGGGACGCGGUGACCUGGUAUUCAGCACGCAGGACUCCGGGUCGAGAGAGUUGGGUUCGAGAUCUGACCGGGUCAUCGUGUCGUGUUUUUAGGCAAAACACUUUACUUUCACAGUGGCUCUCUCCUCCAAUGGAGUCUAAAUGACCAAGACAGACUUUCUCCUUACAAUAUCAGUACAAAAUCAAGAAGACAAGUGAUGAGAACCAAGAAAAAUAUCAAUUAGAGGAUUAUUAGUUGAUCCAAUACCAAAUUCUCAGAAGUAAAAUCAGAAGAAUUGUAUAGCAGAUAGAAAGGAGAAUUACUAAUGAGAUCUUGAAAGUUAAACGCUUAAUGAGACGGUGUUCUAUUUUCACGUGUUCUGUGUCUUCUACGCCGAGAAGGAACUCUUAAUGUGAACCGGUGAAUUGUCCGAUAUCGGUAUUCAAAACCCUUUCAUUGUCGUUAAAGCGAUCCAAAAAGUACCAUGACCUCGAAUUCAACUACUUUUGUUUCAGAAUCUGAGCAUGAGUAGAAGUAACAUCCUUCGCUCCAUGAAGGGUACGCCAUAUUGGAUGGCACCUGAGGUUAUACGGGAGACUGGGCAUGGCCGUAAGUCUGAUAUCUGGUGAGUGUGAUCAUCAGUUACAACAAAACUUAACAUAGCUAGUAUGGUAUUUCUGUGAAAUAACUUCCCAGUAAAAGUCUUGCUGGUAAACCAAUGUGUUAUUAUUGCACGCCCGCGUGUACCCAAUGUCAGUCAGCUCUAGAGAUUUUUUCUAAUAAAAGCCAAAAUCGAACCAUCGACUAUUUGGGGUAAUUUGGUAUUAUCAGCCGAUUUGAUGCUGUAAAUUGGCCACCGGUAAGAAUUUCAACGCUGACGUUUCCCCUCGUCAGAGCCUCUUCAUUCUGCGCAUUCGUCUGACGGAGGGCUAACUUCGAAACUUCAGCGUUGAAACUCUUUACGGUGGCCAAUUGACGUUAUCAAGUCAGUUUAUAAUACCAAAUUUCCCCGUUAAACUCUCCCACCGACGCAGCACUACAGUUUCUUUAGAAACCUACCCACUUUAUUCAUUGACUAUUUGGUCGACUGAUUCUUUCAUCGCUAUUGCUUUGUUUUCUUUGUUUGACAUGAGUGUUUUUUUUGUUAACAGGAGUGUUGGUUGCACAGUCUUUGAAAUGGCAACUGGAAAACCUCCAUGGUACGUUCACGAAGAUUUCAUUGUUUCCUGAUAUGACCUGAAUUAUGUUCGAAUAUACCAUACUUACUUACUACACUCCCUGCUAGUAAAGGAAAUUCUGAGAUUCAUAGGGUUUGGCCCAGUUGUUUAAAGGGUGGACAACGCUAUCCAAAGGAUAAAUAAUGGAGAAAGGAACAUAAUGCUCUCUUCAGCGGAUAGGGGUUCAUCCAGUGGAUAACGUUAUCCAGCCUGGGUCUGGUUUGUGUAUAUGUGUGUUGGGGGCGUUGAUACAAUUUUUUUCGGUUUCGGAAGAAGGAAAGCUGUCGUGUAGUACGUGUAUGCAACUGCAAAAUAACAACGAAGUAUUAUGUUGCUUUCAGAAACAGAGUGAAGUAAUUUAGCUGCAUCUUCUGUUUUAUUACCAGGUCUGACAUGCCUCCCAUGGCAGCCAUCUUUGCAAUUGGAAGUGGUUCUUUAGCAGUACCACAACUCAGUGAGGAUUUUUCAUCAGCUGCCCGAGACUUUGUCAUGAAGUGUCUCACGAGGUUGGUUUCCUUGUGGCAUUAUUAGGCCUAAUUCUUAAAAAAUACCUUGAUAACAAGUGAUUUCUUCUAAGUUUUUUCGGCUUUUUUUUAUGAUUAAAACAGCCUUGAUCACUCCUUCCUUUUCUUCAUUCUAGAGACCCAGAUUGGCGGCCUUCAGCCGAUGAGCUGCUGAAGCAUCACUUCCUGACGGACACCUCAUAAUAGGAGCCGCGAGUAGAUGCACCUUGAUUUAUACCAUUGCAAGGAAAGGAACAUUAGAAAAAUCGAAUGUAAAAUUUGCCAUUUGCAAAGUAGUACAUGGUUGAGAGUCACUGCUGUUCUUUUGUAAUAUCCAUAGUUCGUACGCACACUACAGUGAAAUUUACAAUGAAUAAAUUUCUCUCCUUUUCGAAAGGAUAAUAUAUCGUCUUCUCUGUGCAAAGCAGACAAAAAAUGUCUUUAUUUUAUCCCAAUGCUUAAAUUAUUGCGUACUAUCCUAUUUUAGCCACAAGUAUUUUAACAGAAGAUGGUCGAAU